CUUAACGUUCCCGUAUAUAUUCCCUAAUCCAUCUAAUUCAUACAGUAUUCUCAGAUUCUCAAAAUUUGUGUGUUGCGAUUUUCGAUCUCUCCCUCCAAAUUCUCUACGAAGAACCUCAAGUUAUUGUGCUGUUAGUAUCCGAGAAGAUAUGGCUCGUACGAAGCAAACCGCUCGUAAAUCGACAGGAGGAAAGGCUCCGAGAAAACAGCUUGCGACCAAGGCUGCGAGAAAAUCUGCUCCGACCACCGGAGGAGUGAAGAAGCCUCACCGUUACCGUCCUGGAACCGUCGCCCUUCGUGAAAUCCGCAAGUACCAGAAGAGUACGGAGUUGUUAAUCCGCAAAUUGCCCUUCCAGCGACUUGUUCGUGAAAUCGCCCAGGAUUUCAAGACGGAUCUGAGGUUCCAGAGCCAUGCGGUGUUGGCUCUUCAGGAGGCUGCCGAAGCUUACCUGGUGGGUCUCUUCGAAGACACGAACCUCUGCGCCAUUCACGCCAAGAGGGUCACCAUUAUGCCCAAGGACAUCCAGUUGGCCCGUCGGAUUCGCGGAGAGCGUGCUUAAUCCGUUAUUCAGUAGCCAUUUGUGUUAGUUUUGUCGGGUAUUUUGAUGGUUUGAAAGAUGCGAAAGCUCAAUAGGAGGACGCUUUGUAUGAUAAUUCCUCGUUUUUUCGAUUUCUUAUGAGGACAUUACAUUGUCUGAAUCAUUUGUCUCUAAACUUGGAAGGAGUAGUUUGACUAUUUCAAUAUCCUUGGAUGUUACAUCUCA